UAUGCUAAACAGACGAGCUUUCUCUGAAGUAUUGUAUGACGUGCCAAGAACAUCGAAACUCAAGGAGGACGCUAGACAAAUUGAAUUCGUUCGCAUAGGCCAAGCACUUAAAUUGGAGGCCAUUGUACGUGGUGAUGCCCCCACAAGCAUUGCCUCAGCAAGUCCUUGUACGAUAUUCAAGAAGCCACCUUGGGAGCCGCAUUGUUUCUAUCCGACAUUUCCACACCGGGGUACAUUGGCAGGCGAUUCAUUUGGUAAUGCUGAUGACUCGUUAUUUAUAGCAACGGAUGAUGGAACAUUUUUGAUGAAAGAGGAUCAAUCACUGCAGUUGGUCUUCGACAAGACAUUACAUGUCCGCCAAUUAAAUGUCCUGGAAGAACACGGCCUGGUGUUGGUGCGUGGCGGCUCUGCCACAAAUCGUGAUGGCCAUCGUAUACAUGUAUUUCGUUUGCGAGAAUUCCAUUUGAAAUCUUCCGAAGAAACUCUGAAGUGUCGUUCUCGUUCUGAGGUAAAGGAGCGACGCAUCGAUAGAACACGUGGCUGUCAUUUGUUUUCCUCUUCGCGUGUAAAUGGUGGUCAUUUGCGAUUAGUGGUGGCCGUUGGACGUAAACUGCAAUUAUUUCAAUGGAAACAUACAGCGGCGUGGGCCUCAUGGUGUCCGGAAAAUGAUACAGAAACGGCGGAGGGUUUUAUAUUUCAAAAGGAAAUCUCGCUAAAUGAUACACCCACAAUUGUGACGCCCCUGGAGGGUCCAACCAAUACGAAAACUGGUGGUCUAAUUUGUGUGGGAUAUAAAUAUCAUUAUGAAAUUGUCUGUGAUCAAAGUGGAGUUGCCACCCGUCUGCAUGAAGUUGAACCGGCCAAAAGAAGUCAGACUCAAUUAACAGCCGCCAUAGAAUUGUGUGAUGGCAUGGAAACUGAGCUUCUAUUAUGUUAUAAUCAUACAUGCCACUUCCAAAAGUUAAAUGAACGCGAUGAAUCCCGCAAUGAAUUCGAUUUCCAUUGGAAUACCUCACCCACAUCGGUGGUAUGUGCAUUCCCCUAUAUACUCGGCUUUACGGCAGACUCCAUGGAAAUACGUCUUCUGGUCAAUGGCAAUUUAGUGCAUACCGCGAUUUUACCAGAACUGCAAAUGAUAACGUCCAAACGCGAUAUUUUCUUUGUUACAACAGCACCCGAAUUUAUGUCUAAAGAUUUGAAUAUUAAGGGACUACAAAUCCACGAACAGACUCCAGAACGAAGAUUGGUAACCACACCCAGUGAAUGCUCGUCAAAUGAAGAGCUAACAACACGAGAUUCUGCAGAAGUCCUCAGCCUAACAAGUGUCAAAGAUAGCAUACCCCUUAAUCCAGAACAUGAAAUGAAUAAUUUACUUGAAAUACCAAAUAUGUUGUCGGCCUCAAAUGCAGGACAACCCAUGCAGAGGGCACGAUCUCUGCAAAAAGCAAGUCACAUUGACGAUAAGCCGGUCAUUGCGAAGAGCAAUUCUUGUGGCGAUGCCUAUGGCAGCAGUGAUCACAAAUAUAACCCGUUGCGCAACAACUCCAUUGUCGAUCCUCAAUAUCAAAUCGGUGUACCACCCAAUUCACCACGCACAAAUUCGAAUAACAACAACAGCAGCAACACCAAUAACCACAACAACAAUAACAACCUACCCAAGACACCAGCCGCACAACAUUCACCAAUGUCGCCGACAAAACGGAAUUCCAAAUAUCGCAACCUUUUCUCAUCGUCGAAUGGUGGCGGCAGUCAAACUCCUGAACAUUAUUCAAGUUCUCCAGAUCGUCUCAAACCUCUACGAGUCUAUCGUAUACCCUUAGCCAAACUGGCUGGAGCACACUCCCAUUUCCACAUGCAAUCUUUUAAUGCCACCGCCUCAGCUAAACUUCAACAGCAACAACACAACCACCACCAACACUCUUCACAUUUUCAACAACAAAACUAUAUUCGGGAUCAUCACGCGCUAUCGCAUAAAUCACGACAAAAAUCAUUUGAUAUUCAAUUACCGCUACAGGCAACCGAUAUUCCAGAAUGA